GAAAACAUGGUUCUUAAACAAAAUGAGUUGUAAUGGAAGUGAGGAUUCCUUGUUAGAAUGUGCAAGAUCAGGAUCCAGCAGUUGUAACUUAGCUGGAGUUAUGUGUUACUACACUGUAAAAGGUAGAGUAAGAAUUGUUAAUGGCGGCUUUCCGGGUGAAGGUCGUGUUGAGGUUUUGGUUUAUGACCGAUGGCGAAAAGUAUGCAGCAGUAAUUGGGACACAAAAGACGCAGAUGUUACAUGUCGGAGUCUAGGGUUUUUAGGUGGUGCUCCAACUUCGUUUCCAGCUGUAGAAAAGAGGAAUGAAACCAAUUGGUUCUUAGACAGCAUGGAUUGUAAUGGAGAUGAAGAUUUUUUGUUCGAAUGUGCAGCCAGAGGAUCCACUACUUGUAGUUCUGGUCGAGAGGCGGGAGUUAGUUGUUAUAGCCACACAAUAUAUGGUACUGUUAGAAUUGUUAGUGGUAGCUCUCCAAAUGAGGGUGUAGUUGAGGUUUUGAAGAAUUAUCGGUGGCGUAGUGUAUGUAAGGAAGGAUGGAACAAAAAUAACGCUGAUGUGACGUGUAAAAGUUUAGGAUUUUCAGGAGGGUUUCCAGUUUCAUCGCUGAUGUUUGUAGAGGAUACGGACUAUGCCUACAUGUUAGGUUCCAUGAACUGUGUAGGAGACGAAGAUUCUUUAUUACAGUGUUUUAGAUCAAUCACCCCAUCCAGCAGUUGUUACAGCAGAGGAAAAGCCGGGGUAGUCUGCUAUCGUUCAAUAAAUGACACACUAAGAUAUUUAAUUGAAACCACUGCAGAAGAGAAGAAAGCAGUUAAACCUAAAUUAUAUAUAAAUGGUACUUGGAGAGAAUUAUGCAAGGAUAGCUUGGAUGACAGAAAAGCAAAUGUCAUCUGCAAUAGCGUUGGAUUCUCAGGAUAUCACAAAUCAGUACGCAGAGGGAGUGAAUUUGGAAAUCCUUUGGUAAACAAUAUAAAAUGCAGUGGAGGGGAAAACAAUUUAACUGAAUGUGAAUAUGGGGCAUUUAGUUCUGGAGACUGCAGUGCUGAUGGUAGUGUGGAAAUUGAAUGUUAUACAGGAGAUGUGAAAAGAUUCAUCAGACUUGUCGAUGGAAGGAAAAGUAAUGAAGGGCGUGUAGAGGUGUUUAUCAACGGGACAUGGGGCACUGUGUGUGAUGACAGCUGGGACUACAGGGAUGCAUGUGUUGUGUGUAGAAGUCUGGGAUAUUCAGGACAUUCUACUGCUCACCAAAGUGCCUAUUUUGGACGAGGAUCGGGAACAAUAUGGUUAGUUGACGUCGACUGUCAGGGGACUGAGUCAUCCAUCUUUGAUUGUAGCCACAAUGGUUAUGGGAAAAAAAACUGUAAUCACGGCGAGGGUGCUGGUGUAACAUGCUACUGAUCUGCUUU